AUAAUCGUAGGUUCCUAGGCGUAGCGAUCUGUCAUCUGUGGUGUAGAAAUUGGAGGUGUGGUUGGUGUUUGUAAAAAAAAAUAUUCAAACUUUACAACUCCAAAUGUGCUCAAAAUGAGUAAAAUAGUCUUUAGUGUUCGUUAAAGUCCAGUUGUUUUGUUUAAGUGAACGUUUUCAGUUUGAAGAUGUUUUGAUGUGCGCUUUUAGUUAGGUUAUGCUUGAAUGAUUGUUGUAAUUGUAAUUACAUUAGACGGGGCUGUUUGAGAUGAGCAGUUGGGCAGCUAGGAUGCAUAGGCGAGCUGCCACAUUCAGUAACGUGGUCACGUCGUGUGGCCAUCCUUCAGGACCCUACCCUCGGAGGUUGGAGAAAGUUAAGUUUGGGGUACCUCUUGAAGAAGUCUGCAAAAACGACAUUCCGGGACCACUUCUUGUGUUGAUCUUAAAACUGAAUAAGGAAGCCCCUUACCGCAAAGACGUGUUUAGGGCUCCUGGACAUCAGGGUGCAAUGAAGAAACUGAUACACUUUUUACAGACUGGUAGACUAGUUAAUAUGGAUAAUUUUAGUGUGUAUACAAUUGCUAGUGUUUUAAAAAAAUUUCUUCGGAAGAUACCAGGAGGCGUAUUUGGCAAAGACAUAGAACAACGGUUUUUCCAAGUUCUUGACAUACCAGACGAUAGAGAACAACGAAUGGAAAUUGAAACCAUAAUAACUUCACUGCCAGUUUACACGCAAAGACUGUUAGUUUUGCUCUUUGGUACAUUUAGAGUGAUUGCGUGUAAUAGUGAAAAAGCUGGUACUGGGAUGACGAGUGAAGCUCUUGGCGUUAGUGUAGCUCCAAGUUUUUUUCAUUCCUGCGUAAGCGACGGAAAAGCAGCGAGAAUGGAAGAUGUUAUGAAAUUUAAGGUAGCUUCACGUGUCGUAAAGCUCCUUAUAGAACAAUUUUCCACGUCGUAUCUUUUCGGGAAAGAUAAUUACGAAUUUUACUCUCGAGUGACCGGGCGUGUUUUGAGAGUACAAGGCGAAUGGAUUUGUUCGUUUCAAUACCCACCACCAACAACGAAAGGACCUGUUCAACAACAAAUUUAUGCGAAUGAAUGUGGGACUUUGGAACGGUAUCUUCUCGGUCAUUUGUCUCUGGGAACAGAAACAUGGCUUCUCUGUGAAAGUGACCGCUGGCACGCAAAUUAUGGUUUAGAAGCUUGUCAUUUUUCAGCAAUGGCACAAGUAGAGGAAUGCCAAUCAACUCCAGCUUUAUUGGAAUCAAGUAUUCAACCUCAAGUUAGUUCCACGUCUUUAGGAAUGAUCGCAGAACACAGUCUUUUAGAGUCUUGUACACGUCUAUCGAUUUCCUUGGAACAAAAUGGAUUAUUUCAGGGUAACAAUACAUCACAUUCAUCUAGUGCAACGCACUCAUCACGUAACAGCCAGAAUUAUUCCGGACCAAAGAUGACACUUGAGGAACUCAGAGCUGUCAAUAGAUAUGCAGAAAGCACAAGAAGUUUGAGUUAUCUUCCUCAGGUGCAUGAAAGACAGACCGAACGAAUGAAGACGCGUUCGCAGUGGUUUUUAGCGCCAUCUGUUGAAUGUUCCAGUUGUGGAGGGUCUCUGGAUCUACCUCUGAAUGAAGCCGACGUUUCGGUUUUAACAAAUGCGAUUCUUAGGCGCUCCUCAUCAGGCACUAUAGUCGGUAUAGCCGGUCUAUCACUUAGUGCCGAAUCCGUUCAGAAAAGGCCAAGUAUUCGACGAUCCAACUCUCGUGAUAAACGACAUUAUCUUCAUAGGUCAGCUAGUCGAAGAAACAAAGAGAAUGGUUCCAGGUCCAAUAGUUUUAAGGGUCGCAGUGAUAGGAAAAGCUCGAAUUCGCGUUCCAGUAGUUUCAAGAUAAAGUGUGAAAACAUAUCAAGAUCGUGCAGUUUCAAGACCAAGACUGAGUUAUGUACUUGUCCAGGGGGUAAUAUUACAGAUGACAGUAAUGCUGGUACUCCUACUGCCAAAAAAAAUGAAACAAUCUGUGUAACUUUAACGUAUAAGCCUCGUAUUUAAGUCGGCUACAAGAAUCCGAUUAGGAAAUUCAAUAAAAUCGUACGCUUAUUAAAAUUAAUAUAGAAAUGUUUUACAAACUAUAGGAAAUACUGUGUGUUAAAUUGACUUUGGACGAUUUAUAGUGGUUUCAGAUUUAAGGUGUCUUCGAGGUCCCUAUAACACCAGGGGUGCUUCAAGUGAAGCACAAAUAAUUUGGUUGCAAAACUUGGUUUAAAUUGAAAAUCACAUUAAUUUAACGUGGAAUUCGUUUAAAGUGUAAUAGGAAACCUCGAGUCUUACGACUGAAUUUUGACGCUGACUGUUACACUAUGUUACAGCUACGUUAAUUCAAUAUUAAAGUACAAAAAUGUUGAAAAAGUCUUAAGUAUUAUUUUGUGUGUUAUGUUUGUUUAAUCUUAUGCAUGGAGAGAUACAUUCCAGUUUGUAAGUUUUGCCUAAGUAUUUGAUGUUAUUUGUUACUUUUACAUUUGUGUAUCUAUUAUUUCUGGUCAAUGCUUUGGGUAUUUUACACACUAUUCGGUGUCGAAGAAGAGAAGAAUUUUAGUAUUUAUUGCUUAUUAUAAAUGUUAGUACCCAAUUAUUAUAAACACCAAACAGAGUUCUGGCUCUCUAAAAUAAUUACAUUGGUAAAACUUAAAAUGUCUCUAAGUACAAUUAUUUAAAUAUUUUUAUACACGUUAUUAAAACUGAUUUUGUACAUGUUUUAUAUCUUUCUUUGGAUUUGUACAAAAUCGUUAAGUGCAUUUUACACUGAGUCAAAUCCUUUUUUGUUACAUUCCUCACAAAAACUUGGCAUUGUGUAAAUUGCACAUUUCGGUAAGUUUCAAGUUUUGAGAAAAAAUUCGUACCUGCACAUUUUCUCUAUUAAAAUAUUUUAUACCAAAGAUUAGAAUGAUGCAUUGCAAUUACCAAAAACUAUCUGCAUUUAUUUUAAAUUCAAUUGCCAAAUAAAUACCAAAUUUUAUAUACGCAUAUGUAACGAUCUCCAUUUUAUCAGAUUUUGUGUUCGGGAAGUUGCACGCUGCACUUCGUUCAUGUUUUAUGUAUUUUUUAUAUUAAAUAAAUAGCAUGAUACUU